AUGGCCAGGGGUAAGAGGAAGUCAUCUGCCGCCAACGAUGAUGCAUCGGCUUCUUCGUCUAUUUUGGAGAAAAAACCAAAACUAGUAGAAGAUAAAAAUGAAGAGAUUUCCUCCAAUGUCGGUGUUGUUGAGGCUUCUGCGGUUCUCGAUCGGGUUUCUCCUGCGAAAAGGUCUGGCCAGAAAUUGGAUAAGCCGAAGAAGGAGGACGAGGAAGAUGAAGACGAGGUGGAGAGUCGAUUUAUUGGUGAUCCGGUCCCUGAUGAUGAAGCUCGACAGCGAUGGCCUCAUCGGUAUCUGCGAAAAAAUAAGGCUGGAAAGAGUGGCAGCUUGGAAACUUUAAAAGGGAUGGCGCCUCAAAAGGAGCUUAUGCAAGCCAGGAGGCACUUUAGUGAAGCACUUGUUGAUGGCCGUGUAAACUUUAAACUUGGAGAUGAUGGUUACGUCCAGGCUGGUGAGGGAGAGGACAGCUACAUCUGUAGAAUUGUGGAAAUGUUUGAAGGAAUGGACUGUGCAUUAUAUUUCAGUGCUCAAUGGUUCUACAGAGCCAAGGAUACAAUUAUUCAGGCUUGUUCAGAUCUUAUUGAUGAUAAACGUGUUUUCCUUUCUGAAAUAAAGGAUGACAAUCCUCUUGAUUGCCUUUUAGAGAAGCUUAAGAUAGUGCGGGUGCCCUUAGAUGCGGAUAUUGCUGAUAAGCAGGCAAGACUUGCAGAUGGAGACUAUUACUAUGACAUGUCAUAUUUAGUGCCUUAUUCAACUUACCAAAAUUUGCCACCUGAUAACGAUGGGGAUGGAAAUGAAUCUGAUUCGACUAUUUCUUCCGAGUCUGAUGUUAAUGGAGUUGUUAGUGAAGUCCCCCAAGUUCAAGAUGGCAAAAGAUCAGAAAUGAGGAUGCUAGAUCUCUACUCAGGAUGUGGGGCGAUGUCUACAGGACUUUGUCUGGGUGCUAAUAUGGGUGAUGUUAAUCUUGUGACGAGGUGGGCUAUUGAUCUGAAUAGAUAUGCAUGUGAAAGUUUAAAAUUAAACCAUCCAGAGACAGAGGUGAGGAAUGAAUCAGCAGAAGAUUUUUUGAUGUUGCUGAAGGAGUGGGAGAAGCUUUGUCAGUCCUUUUCCUUAGUUGGAGGUGGUGAUUCCCAACAGAGAAUGAAUCCUGCAAGCAUUGAAGAAGAUGAAGGAGAAGCAGAUGAUGACGAUGAUGAUGAUAGUGAUGGACUUGAUGAAGAAGUAUUUGAAGUUGAGAAGGUUUUGUCUAUUUGCUAUGGUGAUCCAAAGGAAAUAAAGAAGCCUGGGCUGUACCUUAAGAUCCGAUGGAAGGGCUAUGGGCCUGAAGAAGACACCUGGGAGCCUAUGGAGGGCUUGUGUGAUUGUCAUGACAAGAUCAAGGCGUUUGUAGUAAAGGGUUUCAAUUCAAAGAUUUUGCCUUUGCCUGGGGAUGUUGAUGUCAUUUGUGGUGGCCCCCCUUGUCAGGGUAUAAGUGGAUUCAAUCGCUUCAGGAACAAAGAUAAACCUCUAGAGGAUGAAAAAAAUAAACAGCUUGUUGUCUACAUGGACAUUGUAGAAUAUCUAAAGCCAAGAUUUGCAUUGAUGGAAAAUGUUGUAGAUAUAGUGAAGUUUGCUAAAGGGUUUCUUGGGAGGUAUGCUUUGGGUCGCCUUGUGUCCAUGAACUAUCAAGCGCGGGUGGGUUUGAUGGUAGCAGGUUCUUAUGGACUUCCACAGUUCCGCAGGCGCAUGUUUAUGUGGGGUGCCAGGCCUAGUGAGAAGCUACCACAAUACCCGUUACCAACUCAUAAUGUUGUUACAAGAGGGGUAUCUCCUUUGGAAUUUGAGUCAAAUACUGUUGUUCAUGAAGAAGGCCAAAAAGUCGAAUUGGAAAAGGAACUAUUCCUUGGUGAUGCCAUUUCUGAUCUUCCUCCUGUGCCGAAUGAUGAGACAAGAGACGAAAUGCCCUAUGAAGAGAUGCCAAAGACAGAAUUCCAGAAGUUUAUUAGACUCAAGAAGGAUGAUAUGCCUGGGUUCUCAGCAUCCGGUCAAGACUCUUCAGACCAUCUUUUAUAUGAUCAUCGUCCACUUAAAUUAAAUGAUGACGAUUACCAGCGUGUCUGCCAAAUUCCCAAGAGAAAGGGUGCAAAUUUCAGGGAUUUGAAAGGUGUCAGGGUUCGAAAAGACAACCAUGUUGAAUGGGAUCCAGAUGUGGAGAGGGUGUAUUUACCUUCUGGAAAGCCCUUGGUUCCUGAUUAUGCCAUGACUUUUGUGGAUGGAAGAUCAUCAAAACCGUUUGGGCGAAUGUGGUGGGAUGAAACUGUGCCUACAGUUGUGACCAGAGCAGAGCCUCACAACCAGGCAAUUCUUCAUCCUCUUCAAGAUAGAGUGCUGACAAUUCGUGAGAACGCAAGACUUCAAGGCUUCCCUGAUUACUAUAAACUUGUUGGACCCAUCAAAGAGAGGUACAUUCAAGUAGGAAAUGCAGUGGCGGUUCCCGUAGCACGUGCACUGGGCUACUCUCUAGCAAUGUCAUGUAAAGGCAGUAGUGGUGCAGAAGCCACAUUCACAUUGCCAUCAAAAUUCCCCAACAUACAACCUGUAACAUCCCCUUCAGUAGACCAACAAAACCAAUAGUUGUUUAGUAUCAUUGUUAAGUUACAGAGAUCAUAUAUCUAUAGUUGUUGUUGGGUGUGGAAUUAGUCAUAGGUUAAACCAAUGCAAUUUUUCAGGUCAUUACAUUGGCUCACUGUUGUAACUUGUAACAGUGCAACUUAUUGGUCUUGGUUAAAUUUGGCCAUAAAUCUUGAACUAUUUAUAAUUACCAUUACAAAUCUUGGUGUCU